AUGCCGCACCAGGUGCGGGUAUUAACAGCUUCCACGGCACCGCUGCAAACGAACGGCGAAGCAGGUUGGAAGAGCAAACGUCGUGUCGCACUGGAGGAAUGA